AUGCAGAUAUCCAACUGGACAAGUCAAUCAACAGCAGCGUUGUUUCAAGUCGCUGCGCCUGAAGCAAAAGGGCACAGCUAUGGAGAUAACCCGAUCCCCCCUUUACUGCGGCCCAGUAGGGAUCUUUCCGCUAUCAGAAAGAUGGCCAUCCCGAGGUUGGCUGAAGGAAAAGAAGCAGUCCAUUCCGCUCGGUCUCACCGUCGCCACGUUAGUCGAGCGUGCGAAUCUUGUAGGCAGAGGAAGACAAAAUGCACGGGGGACAAGUCAGGCUGCCGCAACUGUCGGGACGCUGGGAUGAUCUGUUGCUACACUGACGGAAAAAGAGAGAAGUCUAAGAGACAAAUGGCCAGCUUGGAAACUAAGAUUCGCACCUACCAAAACGUGUUGCAAAAGUUAAGCAUUCGCUUGCGCGUCCCUGAAGAUCAGCUGAUGGCAUACGCUCUGGCAGCGUCGUCGGUAUCUGAAGCAGCUACACCUUUCUUUUCUGGGUUUGAGAACAACCUAGAUCGCAUAGAGGAGGAUUUGAAUCGGGAUGAGGCCUCGCAAGCGACUGGUUUCGUCGGUCAGAGCUCAGAGAUAUCUUGGUUACAGACUCUGGCCAGAGAACUGGAACUUGGAUAUGAUCAUGGAUACUUCAACGCCAUGGAGAUCCCUUUAUUUGACAACGUGGAUCCGUAUUCUUACCCCACCAAGGAUGUUGCAACGAAGCUUUACAAGACAUACCUUGAUUGGGUUCACCCCUCGUUUCCGGUGAUCGGUACUGCCCCUUUUGGAGCACAAUUUCAGGCUUUCUUCACGAACUCAUCCUUACGCCCUGUGUCCAUACGCCCCGGAAAUCGAUGGCUAGCAAUACUCAACCUGAUCUUCGCCCUUGCUACCAAGUACGCGCAUUUAUCCGAGACCGAAUGGCAAAUGGAUAAGGACGCACAUCUUGUGUACUUUCUCAAGGCCAAAGCUUUGGGUCUAGAUCAUCAGCUACUGACUUUCCCUGAUCUACAGCAGCUGCAGGUCGAAGGACUAACUGCUUUGUAUAUGCUGACUCUGGGCCAUGUGAACCGCGCUUGGGCAUUUUGUGGAAGCGCGAUCCGCGGGGCUCUGGGCCUCGGGCUGCAUCUACGCCAUCUUGGAGACAGCACAUCCGAUACUUCAAGAGAAAUCAGAUGCCGUGUAUGGUGGUCUCUAUAUACGCUUGACCUUCGUCUCAGUGUGAUGACCGGAAGACCUUCUUUCAUCCCCGACAGCCUGUGUACAACACCUCUGCCCCUUCCAUUCGAUGAACAAAACUUUGGGAGGGAAGAGGUGAUGCGGCAGCUUAGACGCUCGAUUGACGGUAGCCCCCUUGCGACAGAAAUGCUGUCAACGAGUCAGUCGGAAAUAAAUGCAAUGAGCACGGUGGUCGAAAGGGUGGAUUCAGAAGAGAACAGAUACUCACCCUGCGGGUCCUUGUACUUUGUUCAUUUGGUACAACUAACCAUGAUUGCAAAAGAAUCCCUAGCUAAGAUCUACACCCCGAGCACAGUUCAAUCUCCUUGGCAAAGCGUUGAGUUCGCCAUACGCAGUCUCACACUUAACCUUGACACAUGGCUAAGUAAUCUCCCCAACGAAUAUGAUUUCACCCGCACCCAGUCAUCGCAAGUAUCGCAGGAAACGUCAAAUCAGAGGCUUAGUCUGGCCCUGUUGUUUUACAGCACCAGGAUAAGCAUCACACGACCCUGCCUUCGUCGUGUAGAGUCUUUUAGCCAAGGGGGCAAGAUGCAAAUGUUUGGUCAGAAAGUUGCGGAGGACUGCGUCGAAUCAGCCUGUCACAUGUUAAGACUGUUCCCAGAAGACCUGAAAGCUGCAACAUUAUAUACAGCGUCCCCUUGGUGGUGCUUAUUGCAUUACCUGAUGCAAGCAACGGCGGUACUCGCUCUUGAGCUCGCCUUUCAAGCUCAGCAUGUACCGGACAAAGCGCCCAUGGUUUCGAAAGCUCUUGAUAAAGCGUAUGAGUGGCUGUCUUUGAUGUCAAGGACACAAAAAACCCCAGAAAGAGCCCGCAGACUCUGUGAUCGGCUUUUGCGCCAACUCAAGCAACGGGAGGACAUUAAAGUCUCCGAGUCUCCUUCCGUCCAGUUGACCAGCCUAGAGUCGCCUGCAGAUACACCUCCCCCCUCACAUCCGAUUAGAACAAGAGAAAGCUCGGCGGACUCAGACAGUUCACCUCUUGGGACGAAAUUGGACUAUCAGCAAUCACCGGCUCUAUUGACCGGCAAUAUGAACUACACGUCUUCACGCCUCCUGGAAGCGGCGGGCGACCUUCCAAUUCUAAGUGAGAGCACAUUGGAACUUCCGAGCAAUUACGACGAGUUCUUUCCUUACGACACAAAUACUGGUCAGCUCACGGGCUCCUUCUUCCCUACAGAGUAUGGGAUGGAUGUGGAACCGAAUAAUCUCUAUCACUUUUGACAGUCCACUCGAGUAAUCGACAUCAGUGCAAGGCAUAAACUCAGGGUGGGAGACUUUGAUGGGCAUGCUUGGAGUUUCCCACUCUGUCUAGUUUGUGACACCCCCACAGCAUUCGCUGUCUGCAUUUUUCUGAGACGGCCAUGCCGAAAAGCAUGUGGAGUGUUCGAAACAGGAGACUGUCCCAACAGCAUGAUCCUUAUUCUUAAUCAUUCAUCAACAGGAUAAGAAGCUGUGCGUGUCUGUGCGCGAGGAGAUCAUUUCUAAUUGGAAAUGACACAAGUUAAUCUUUAGCAAUUUGUCAGAUUAGGC